CUCCGAAACGGUUCUCCACAAGGAGUGGUUUCCGUUGCAUGUUCGACAGUCGACUAGGAAGUGCUGUUCCCGGUGUCUUCCAAAUCUCGUGUCUGUCCAAUCAUAUCUGAACGUUUACGCCUUCCUAGCUAUCUUCCAGUCAAGCCCCUAUUCCCCUUCGCCGCGAGGUGUAACAUGCGCCUCGUCGCGCUGAACGCUCGGGACUACCGCGGCUCCUCGUCCUUCAACGACUCAGAGCUGGCUGCGUUGGAAAGUCCAGACCUGCAGAGCCAGCGAUCCGUGGUGCGAGCUUGUGGGCGGGAGCUCGCUGCAUUCCUCGUUUGGUUCAUCGAGCAUGAGAAGCUUCCACCGUUGUCUGGGUCAACGGAGAAUGGUGCGGGGCGCCGCGGCGGGAUCUCCGUGCUCGGGUGGUUGUUUGGUAGCGCAUCUUCAUUGUUGUAGGCGGGUGCGCUUCCGGAGAAGGAGCGUAACUUAUUGGGCGCAUGUCCGCGGAAGAGCUCACAAGUACGACGGAUCCCGCUGCAUUAGCACACUCGACACUCGCCUUCACGCGGGUCGACUCUCAAGUAUAUGAGGAGAACAUGCAGGCCGCGCUGUGGGAUAGGUCGGUCUGGCCGGAGGUGCGGGUCGCGCUGGUGUGGUGCGACGCGUCGGUGGGCCCGACGAUGUUGGCGGGCUGGUAUCUGGCCAAUAUGGUGGCGACGCGGUGGCCGGCGAGGAGCAGGAAGGUAGAGUUGGUGAGAUUUGAGGGGGGCGAAUCAUUUCCCGCAUCGGGACAAGCCUGAGGAUAUGGUGCAGCUUCUGGGAAGGACAGCCUGACGAGUACGG